AUGAACGGGGUGGAGGGCAAGGAGGACGAGGAGUCGAAGGAGCAGAAGAGAAAGAGGGGAAGGGAUAGAGAAGAAGGAAGUGGAGGAAGAGAAGAACACGACACAGAAGGAUGCCAGAGUUUACUCUUGUCAAAUAAAUUCGCUGAGUUUCAAUUAGAAGGUGCAGCUGUUAAUGAAGACACAGGUGUGACAGAAGGUGCAGCUGUUAAUGAAGACACAGGUGUGACAGAAGGUGCAGCUGCUAAUGAAGACACAGGUGUGACAGAAGGUGCAGCUGUUAAUGAAGACAUAGGUGUGACAGAAGGUGCAGCUGUUAAUGAAGACACAGGUGUGACAGAAGGUGCAGCUGCUAAUGAAGACACAGGUGUGACAGAAGGUGCAGCUGUUAAUGAAGACACAGGUGUGACAGAAGGUGCAGCUGUUAAUGAAGACACAGGUGUGACAGAAGGUGCAGCUGUUAAUGAAGACACAGGUGUGACAGAAGGUGCAGCUGCUAAUGAAGACACAGGUGUGACAGAAGGUGCAGCUGUUAAUGAAGACACAGGUGUGAUAGAAGGUGCAGCUGUUAAUGAAGACACAGGUGUGACAGAAGGUGCAGCUGUUAAAGAAGACACAGGUGUGACAGAAGGUGCAGCUGUUAAAGAAGACACAGGUGUGACAGAAGGUGCAGCAGUUAAUGAAGACACAGGUGUGACAGAAGGUGCAGCUGUUAAUGAAGACACAGGUGUGACAGAAGGUGCAGCUGCUAAUGAAGACACAGGUGUGACAGAAGGUGCAGCUGUUAAUGAAGACACAGGUGUGACAGAAGGUGCAGCUGUUAAUGAAGACACAGGUGUGACAGAAGGUGCAGCUGUUAAAGAAGACACAGGUGUGUCAGAAGGUGCAGCUGUUAAUGAAGACACAGGUGUGACAGAAGGUGAAGCUGUUAAAGAAGACACAGGUGUGACAGAAGGUGCAGCUGUUAAUGAAGACACAGGUGUGACAGAAGGUGCAGCUGCUAAUGAAGGCACAGGUGUGACAGAGGGUGCAGCUGUUAAUGAAGACACAGGUGUGACAGAAGGUACAGCUGUUAAAGAAGACACAGGUGUGACAGAAGGUACAGCUGUUAAAGAAGACACAGGUGUGACAGAAGGUGCAGCUGCUAAAGAAGACACAGGUGUGACAGAAGGUGCAGCUGCUAAAGAAGACUCAGUUGUAAUAGCUGUUAAGUAA